GAUUUCUUCUUUUAAAGACAUAAACAAGAUCUUGUAAAUGAUAUACAGUUUUUGUUAUUAUUACCUAGGAAACAGGUUUUUAAUUUGCACUCAUUCAAGAAGAGUUUGUUUGAACAUCAUUGGAAGCUUUAAUGAUAUUAUUUAUCAAAUGUAGUUAACAUAAAUUAAACCGAAUGAUUCUGCCAACUUUUUAUUGUUUUCUAAUCUUAGUUUGACCUUAAUCUCUGCAUCUGAGAUUUGGUAAAAUAGUACAUCUGGUGAAAUAGAAAAAGUGCAUUCAAAAUUCUAUGAAAUGAAACUGAGUGUAAAUAUAAGUAUCCCUAACACAACAUUUUUGUGAACUUGUCUGUAAGCCUUGUAUGUUUUUAAAUAUUUUAAAAUGUUGAAUGAAAACAAAGUUAUAUUCUAUUUAAGGAAGCCAAAAUAUUUGAAAAACGAUAGUUUGAAUGAUUGUUAUAAUGGUAAAACAGACUUGAACAAUCAGUUUUAUUUUAACCAGUAUUGCUUUCAUCAAAUUUCGAAUAAUGUUAUGCACAUAAAUGAUCAAUUGUUUAUACCAAUGUUGCUCUUGACAUGUAGAAAAACAAAAUAAUUGUGUUUAAGAAUUAUUUUCAAAUAAUUGGCAGUCUUUUAUUGACACUCAAAGGUCAAUUUCAGACCCAAGCUUGUGAGGCCCUUGUCAAGUUUUAGUAACUUUUAUCAUUGUUACUCGAAUGCAUAAAAUACCAUCAAGUUUCGAUAAAGUAAAAAUUGUCAUCCGGCCAAGCAAUGCGCGAAAUUCUCUCGGCUCUAGGUUUACGCUGUUGUUUUGCAUUCUGAGCCAGGGGUCACGCCAGCUGUUAUGUAUACAUCGUCUGUGUUGCAACUCAAUAAACGCACGAUGGAAUACCCGGAACUGUCCGCGUAUUAUUUUUGCAAGAUACAAUAAUUAUUACCCAAUUAAACAGCCGAAGUUGUCCCGCUUGUGUAUUAAGGAAGUAUAUUCUAUUCUAGGAAUAAUCGAUCAAAGUUGGAGGUGAAGGUUUUAGUACAGUAUUUCGGCAGGUAAGCUUUAAGACUGGAAAAUGAGUUCUGUUCUUGUAGCAGCGAUUGAUUUUGGAACGACGUAUUCCGGAUGGGCCUUUUCUUUCAAGCAUGACUUUGAUAAGGAUCCAACAAAAGUUUCGGCCAAAAAUUGGAUCGGCGAUCAACUCGUCUCGGCAAAAGCACCAACAUGUGUUCUGAUUAAACCGGAUGGGGAAACGUUGGAUUCAUUUGGAUAUGCUGCAGAGACCAAGUAUGCGGAACUUGCAGUAGAAGGGACUCACAAACCAUGGUACUACUUCCGGAGGUUUAAAAUGAUGCUGUAUGAUAAAAUGAGAAUUCGAAGACACGUCAUGCUUGAAGAUGAAACAGGAAAACGAUUACCUGCAAAAACAGUGUUCUCACUUGCUAUUGAAUUCCUGAAAGAAGAUCUUUUGGAAAAUUGUCAAAAACAAAUAGCAGAUGUCUUAACAAAAGAUUAUAUUAAAUGGGUUCUAACAGUGCCUGCAAUAUGGAAUGAUGGAGCAAAACAGUUUAUGAGAGAAGCGGCAGAACAAGCCGGCAUUCAAGGAUCGAAAUUAAAGAUUGCACUUGAACCGGAAACAGCUUCCCUCUACUGUCGAUAUUUACCCGUUCAGAAAGGCCAAGAAGAUAAUUCCUUAGCUUCAUUCGAACCGGGGACGAAAUAUAUUGUCUUAGAUGCUGGAG